GGCAGAUGAGAUUCAGAGGCAGGAGUAUGCAGGCAAGCUGAUAUCGCACAUCACGGACAUGUAUAUGACAGGGGCCAGGAUGACUGCCAAAGCAUUCACAGAACUCGCGUACUACGGUCAUCGAGCUGGAGUGCCAGAGCUCCAGCAAUUCGAAGUAGCCCCGUCGCCCGUAUGCAGCGGGAAUUUCCAGAAGAAGUUAGAUAGAGCUCUCGAGUUAGGCAAAUACGAUUCGGACAUGUAUUUCAUGAAUAUCCCAGGCAAGUCCCGCCACGAUGUUUGUCGAACCUCGAAGCAGAUCAGCAUCCAGCUGCCGCGUGAGAUCAUAUUCAAUGAAAUCAAGAAGAACCCCGAGAUCCUGGAGUCCUGGAGACAGCGGUUUGCAGAUGGGCCCUGGAUCGAUAGUUUUGAAAACAAUUCAGUCGUCAAGCGCCUGGGCCCAGAAAAGAGGACCAAA